GUCCCGGACGAAGAUUUCGUUUGGGCCCUUUGAUGAGUGAAGCGGGAGAGAGAGAGAGAGAGAGAGAGAGAGAGAGAGAGAACAAGUCGGAAAUAUAUUUCCGGUUGUCCGUUACUUUUUGUAACACUCUUUUCUCAACUCUGAACAGCUUUCAGCAGAGUCGGCUCUCAAUACCCCCAAGACUCCGCUAGGUUUUAUGGAUUUUGGCUUCAACUGUGCUUAGAAGUUCAGAAAUCUUCUUCUUUUGGUUCCUGGAGACGGAGAGAAAGAGAGAAUUUCCUAGGUUUUGGACAUGGGAGCACUUGCUCCCAUCGCUCCCUGGAUCCCUGAAGAUGAUAUUUUGUUGAAGAAUGCUGUUGAGGCUGGUGCUUCUUUGGAAUCACUUGCUAAAGGUGCAGUGAGAUUCUCUCGUAGAUUUACUAUUCGAGAACUGCAGGAUCGGUGGCAUUCUCUUCUCUAUGAUCCAUAUGUUUCAGCAGAAGCCUCUGAUCGUAUGGUUCAGAUUGAAGGUUCUGCUUCCAAUCUAUCAUCAAGACCCAACAGAUCUGACAAUUCUAAAGGUAGUGGAUGUACUUCAGAAAAGAAAAAUGUUGGAAGUGUCCGUAGCCAUUACUAUGCCAUGCGAAAGAGGAUUUGCAGUGAACCUUUUAACCCUUUUGAUAUAAGUUUUUUUGUUGCACCUGGUAAUUUUAACUGCACUGGCAAUGAAGACGGGUGUCAAGAGCAGUUAACACAUCAGAAUGAGCCUGAAAGUCAAAAUUGCAUGUUUGGAGAGCCCAUCUCAAAUCAUUUUGGACUGCCGGAGUCAGACUUGGAUAUUGUGCAUCAUGCUCUUCCGAUGGUAGGGAAUGAUACAACUGCGGGUGACAUUGAUGGUUCUGCCGAUGCAUUUCAUUCUGGACACCUGAACUCAUUUGAAGGUGGUCUUCCAGAUGGAAUGAUUGGUAGGAGUUGUUUAUAUGGAUUUACUGGCGAUGUUUCCCCUGUGUCAGUCAAAGAUGCAGCACAAACAGGCAUUGGACAUUCAUUUGAGCAUAAUAAUGUACAUAAAGAUGUUCCUCUUCAACAAGACGUGCCCCUCUUUGGGAACUGUCCUGGUGCUCAGGAAAUGGGGCCACAGCGUGGAAUGCCAGUGAGCGACCUAUUCAAGACAGAUCACCUUGAAGCAAAACCCUUGUCUACGUUCGAUUCUAUCAAUAACAACCCUGGAAAUGUUUGCUCUGGAUUUGGAGUGAGUCAAUGCUUCGGCUCUGCAGUUUCAGAUUGUAGCGAUGCAUUUCACCGGUUAGGUUAUUCAUCUACAUUGGCUAGGAUGCCUUCCUGGGAACCAAUUGAUGGCAUUUCUAAAUCAGCAAUGCAAAUCGAGGCAAACCUUGUUGGAGACAAAGGUCAAGUCCCAGGAGAUGCAGUAGCAGCCACAGGCGAUGGUGGCGCUGAGAAAAUAGGUUCAUCCGGUUAUGAAAUUGUCCACUCAGAACCCAAUUUAGAAGAAAGAAUAUCUACUGAGGGAUUAACUAAUUCCACUGCUAUGCCAGAGGGUGAUUUCAUGGAUCUUUCAAGUUCCCUUUUGAACUUUGCAGAUGAUGGUGAGCUUCUUUUCAUGGAUGUAGAUGUGAAAGACAUGAUGGAUAGAUCUGGCCUUAACUCAAUUUUGUUGAAUUCUCCUGGUGAAUCUCAUCAAGAUGAUUUGCCUGGUAUUCCUACCGAGUCUAGAGCAUCAGAAUCACAAGACACGUGCUUGAUGGUAGCUAAUGAUCUGUGUACUGGAGAAUUUGAUGAUCUUAGUUACCAAUCACACUUUCGUCAAAAUGAUGGGCAUAAGGUUUGUGAUGCAGUGGACAAUCAGUUGGUGUCUACAUCAGCACCGAAUCCUCAUUCUCCUGAACUUCAGAAUGGGGUUAUUUGCUGCAUAUUGAGCACAGAGGACCCGAAAAUCCCAGACAAUGAUGACAUUUUUCCAUCCACUGAAAUGCUUACGUCAGUUGGAUCCCUUAUAAUGCAACAAAGUUCUUGGGAGUCUGCUAACAUAGCAGCCUCAUUCCCCAUGGACAUUCAUGAUGCUCAAAAGGUUAGUGAACGAGGGUCAAACUUGGUGAAGGGGGAAAAAGAGGCCCUUGCACAAAGGCUUCUGGUUGAUGCUUGUGGGUUCAAAUCUGAGUUGCCUGAGAGUGGCUCUGCUGCUGUGGAAUCCAAUCACAUAAGUGCUUCCAGUGGGGAGUUUUGUCAAUGCAGACCAGUGCCCAUAACUCCAAACUUUGUCCCCGAUGGGUCACUGAAAGAAUCUACUGGAAAAGUUGAAAUGCAGAAACAACAUGAUUUUCAUUGUCCUGUUGAUUCUUUAUUGGAUAAGCCAGGUCAUGGUUCUGAUCAUGUAAAAAGUUGUCCACAAAACAUCUUUGGUGGCUGCAAUCAGGAAGCGGAUGUGUCAAUUGCAAUUCAUAAAAAUUUGCAAUCUCAUGGAGAACCAAGUUCCAUGGAAGCUACUGUUCCAGAACCAGGAAUAAGCCUUCCAACUUCAGAUCAUGAAGAGCAACUUUCUGAAAGUGAUGGUGAUGUACCUUAUUUUUCUGAUGUUGAAGCAAUGAUACUUGAUAUGGACUUGGGUCCAGAUGAUCGAGAGUCAUAUUUCAGUAGGAAAGUGCUAAGGUAUCAAAAUAAGGAUACUAAGAGGGCAAUCAUAAGGUUGGAACAGGUGGUCCAGUCACAUAUGCAAAGAGCUAUGGCUUCUCAUAGAGCAUUUGCCAUUUUCUAUGGCCGCCAUUUAAAGCAUUAUAUUAAGAAGCCAGAGGUAUUACUUGGGAGAGCAACAAAUGAUGUGGAUGUUGACAUUGACCUGGGGAGAGAAGGGCGUGCUGAUAAAAUCUCUCGGCGGCAGGCAAUGAUAAAGAUGGAUGAAGAUGGAUCCUUCUAUCUAAAGAAUCUCGGCAAGUGUCCAAUUUUAGUCAAUAGCAAGGAGGUAGCAAAUGGACAGCGUCUAAGUCUUAAUUCGUGUUGUUUGAUCGAGGUCAUGGAAACCACUUGGGAAACAUCAAGUGAAGCAAUUGUCUGCUGGGUGGUUUCAUUGCCAAAACUUGUACAUAGGUGCACAACUGGUCACCUGACAUAUGCCUAGGAAACUACAAAACCACCAUGAAGACCUUAUCUGGCUGUGAUGGCAACACAUUUAUAGCACUGCCUUUGGAACCAGCUGGAAAAAUGUAGGUACAAUCAAGAACAGCCUGGAUGAUCACUUAAAUAUUCCUUUUUUUUUUUUUUUUUUUUUUUCUAAUAGAUAAUAUUCACUUAUUGUUCCCUGGAUAAGCAACAUGCCUAAGCUUCUAUUAGUGGCCUUGUCUGCCAGGUGGCAGCUCAGCUUGUACUUAUGACGGGUCCACAUAUUGCCUACUCUCCUAUUCUAGGUGGUCA